GCACAAACAUUUGGUUGCUGAAAUGGACCAACGCAACGGUUGGAUUGAAUCGAUUCGCGAAGCGGCUGCUGCGUUGAUGGCCAAAGCGUCUCAAGGGGGUGCUUCGGGAUCUGCUGAUGUGGCGGCUAUUCGGAACCAGCUAGAACACUUGAACACAGUAUGGAACCGAGUCCGGACGCUGAUGGAUCAACGUACCGAACGUCUAAAUGCGGCGCUCAAGUUGGCGGUGCAGUUCCAAAAGAUGUGCCGCAGUUUGAUGGAUUACUUCGCCGGCGCGGAACAUGUCAUUCGGCGUUUGGCCGCGUUGCCGACCUAUGACGAUGAUGUUGAAGAUGACUCUGAUAACACCGACAAUGCUUUGGACCCCGACAGGCUAUCCGAUAAGCCUAAAAAGAGCAAGAACGAGGCCCCGGAAGAUUUGAGCAGUGCCAUCGAAUCUCAUGAACAAACCCACACCAAUCUAAUGGAUCAGGCGGAGCGCGUCGAGGCCACGCUGCAAUUGGGUACUCAGCUCCUGGCUCAAGCGCAUCCCGAAGCAGUACCUCGCUUGCGUCAAUGGAUUCACACUGUACAGAGCCGUUGGAACGACCUAAUUUCCUGGUCGGCUCAACGAGGAGAUCGUUUGCGAGCAGCGCUUAGCGAGCAAGAUAAAAGGCGCGUGCUGCAUAGGGAACUGACUGAGUGGAUUAUUGCGACUCGAAGAAGAUUGGAGCAAGAGCCAGCCAUCACACUGGCCGACCCAUCUGUCUCUGCGGUGAGCAGCGUACCUUUAUCCGUCUCAGAAGAAGUUGAAAGGCCUUCCACUGAGGACACGCACGCGGAGUUCACCGAUAAUCAAGGGCCCUUCAGUUCGGAUGCCCCUCGUUUUGAGGAACAACCAGUGGUAACAUCUUUCCGCACAUUGCUUCUUCAUGAGAUCACAGAACCCGAGUUAGUGGAACGGUUAUUGGAAGAACAGGCGGAGUUGGAACAGGAGUUUGCGACGCGGCAACCUAUUUUGGAUGCUAUACUGAAACACGCCAAACUCCGGGUUAUUCCGAAAUCUUCCAUCCCAAGGGGACCAAUGGCCGCCCGACGAAGUCGUGUCGGUUCCCGGGGAUUGGGUUCUGGACGUCUGUCUGUUAGUCGAACCAGUCAGGUAGCUUCAACUUCGGUGAAUAAUGAAAUAUCAUACGUCUCCCCCGUGAUCAACCAGUUGUACCAACGAUGGAUUCAGCUACAACGUCUGUUAGAUGCAAGGCGUGUCAAAUUACGCGAUCGCCUAUCUUAUUUGAGCGAAGUGGAAAAGCUGAAGACAUUCGACUUCGAGGCUUGGCGGCAGCGUUACGUUGCGUGGCUGAACCAGAAUAAAGCCCGUGUGAUCGAUCUGUUCCAUCGCAAAGAUCUCGAUCGUGACGGCAGGUUGACGUAUGCAGAAUUCAUCGACGGUAUCUUGGAAAUGAAAUUCUCCACGACCCGUGUGGAACUACAGGCUGUGGCGGAGGUCUUCGAUGCGAACGGCGAUGGCUACAUAGACUAUCGAGAGUGUCUGAAUGCUUUACGUGCUGGUUACGUGGCGUCUCGGGUUGGCAUCGGCAGUUAUCCCUCUGCGGUUGGAGAAAGUAGCAGCAGUAUGCUUAGCCUGUCCCAACUGCGAUCCACUGAUGAAGAGGUAAUCAAUGAUGAGGUCAGACGUCAAGUUGGUUUGUGCACCUGCCACAACACGUAUCAGAUUUGCAAAAUGACCACCGAUAAAUAUCGGUUCGGUGAUUCACAAAAGCUGCGUUUGGUCCGUAUUCUCAAAAGUGCCGUUAUGGUACGUGUCGGAGGCGGAUGGGUCAACUUGGACGAAUUUCUUGCCAAAAACGACCCAUGUAGAGGUGCUUGUCAGCGCCUAUCAAGCUUCACAGACUUAGCAGCUGCAGCAGGAUUGACCACGACCAAUCGUCAACGGCCUCCCAUUCCGUCUCAUCAUCGCGGUCCUCCCAGUCUGUCUACCAACUACUCAAACGCCCUGCGCAGUAGUAUCGAUAGUCAUUCAAGUUCACAGCAAACGUGCAUGGCCGGUGAGAAAGGUGCGCGUCGCUCGCGUCAGCGGGGCAGGAUGUCCUACAAUCAUGCAGCGUUCCGGCCUAUUUCCGGUCCUGGACAGGAUAACGCCUUCUAUCUUGUGAUGCCGAGCACCAAAGCGAAUCCAAGCAACCAUCUAUCAUUCUAUUCACCCCACAUUGGAGAGUGGUUCACUGAGGCUAAGCGUUAAUCAGCAUCGCUUCGGUGUAGCAUCGUAUCCUACCAUACCGGUGUGUGUUUGUGUGCGUGCACCCGAAUAUUCGGAAUUUCGAGCACAUCACAAUCAACGCUUCCUUCAGUCUUUCCCAACCUCAACUGGCUUUUACUCACAAGGUUUGUUGUGAACGUCAGUUUCCUUACCUCCCCCCCCCCACUGAAGCAUGCGUCACGUUAGAUGUUGACGAGCCUUGUUGUCCUUGUAACUACCCGUCAACUGAGGCUUUUUGUGCACGUCGCUUCCUCGAAUCAACAUGCAUGAGUAUUCUAUAUGGAAUGUAAUGAGCAGUGUCGCUGGCCCCGCUCAUGAUGUGACUGUCCUCUCCAAUGACAAAAGCUCUCUUCCUUUUUAGCCGCUGGCCAACUGGAUCAGUCCAUGAUCAGUGACAAGGUGGGUAGUGUGCGUCAGAGGCCGUCCCCUCGCCCAAGUGUGGCUACAACUUCUCGUUCUGGCAGCUCCGUGUCUGUCUCCGCCUAUCUCCUUGGACCCUCCACCGAGCGCGAUGUUGUUUCCAAAGCCCCUACACCGUACCGCACUGAACACAGUAGUCAAAGUUUCGAUAAUUUCGUAUCCAAAAGUCUUUCGGAAGUAGGGCAAUUUGAUUCCAAGCCAGUAGUGGUGGAACGAGACGAUCAGUGUUCGCGGUCAUCUUCACGAAUCUCCAUCAGCAGCAGCAGUGUUCCGGACUCUAGAACUGGUGCUCGAAGAUCCAGUAUCGCGAGUCGGGCACCCAGAUGCCCCGAUGGUGGGAUCCGUGUAUCGAACCGCAGUUCCCAAGAUGUGGUCUCUUCUCAGUCCAGUAUUCCCCGUGACGCGGAACAUCGCAAGGCAUCAAAAUCGCAUAUCCCAUCUUUGAAACGCUAACAUUCCAUAUCACUUGAAUGGUAAUGCCCCAUGUGGCAUUGUCUAUUCAAUAGGUCCAUCACGUCAGCUUUCCCAUUGGUAAGCGCCUCGUCCGAUAACUCACCCGAACCUCUCCAUUUUGGAUGUCCUCCUGUCACCAAACACAUACACACACACACGGACAGCCCCAGCCUACCUCCUCCUCUAUCCCGCACCAUUUUUAAUUUCGGGAGUUUUCACUUUCGCACAACAGCUGAUAUCGAUGUUUCGGUUGAGAUAUUUUUUAUUACCUUUUCUGCUUUCAUUGUUACUUAUCUCUCUUGAUCCAUUGUACGUGCUCGGUCCUCUUCCACGUAUACUUUCUGUGAACAUU